GAGAACGGAAAAAAAAGUAAAGAGAGAGAGAGGAGACUACACUGCUCCAUCGUCUUCUCCUUCUGGGAAUUGUUUUUGGAAAAAUCGGUGUGUCUCCUUUUUUUUUUGUUUGCAUUACCCAAACCCUAACCCUAAUUUUCUGAAUCGCGGAGGUUUCGUCGGAUUAUUUCACUGCUAACUUUUUUUUGGGGUUAAUCGAUAAUCGUUUAUUUAGAUACUGUCGAUCGGAGCUUCAUCGACUCUCUAACAAACCCUAAUUUUUGUCCCCUAAUGAUGGUGUCCGCCACUACCAAUAACUCCAGUUCUUCUUCCUCUUCUUCUAUGUCUCCUCGUCAUACGAGCGAGAAUCACGGCAGCCCCAACGCUGCCGCUGCACAAUCGCGCCGUCCCUCUCGGCAGGUUUCCUCCCCGUGGUCCCAUGUCGUCCGCGGCGAAUCAGAGCCGACGAUCGCCGCCGCUCCUUCCUCCCCUCAACCCAAGGCCCCGAUCGAGCCGAUUGCUUCUGUUUCCGUGGCUCCACCUGCUUCUCUUUUGACGGUGGAGGCGGCUGCUGGAGACGACAAAUCGGAGGAAUCUGGUGGUCAGAGCAAUGCCGGAAAGAAACCAGUUUGGAAAAGGCCGUCUAAUGGGGCUUCUGAGGUCGGACCUGUCAUGGGAGCUUCGUCUUGGCCUGCUCUCAAUGAGGCUACCAAAGCUCCUUCGAACAAGUCUUCUUCUGACUCUUUAAAAAGUCUCGGCGAUGUACCAGUAUCAUCACCAUCUGUCCCCAUUUCUCAGGGAAUCGCAAAUGCUUCUGCUCCUGCACCAAAGCAAAUUGGCCGCACAAACCCUAACCCAACACCAAAUCACUCGCGCCAGAGAUCAUUUAAACGGAAUGGCGCAUCUGGAUCCGCUGCUAAUGGUACUGUUUCUCAACCAUCAGCGCAGGGCUCACUUGCCGAAUUGCCUUCGCACAACCCUUCUCCGAGAGGCCAAAACCAGAAGAAUGGCUUUGCAUCACAAAGCCACGGUGGUUCUGACAACCCAUCACAACGAGACUCGUACAGGAACCAAAAUGGUAACCAUCACCAAAGUCAUGGUGGGAGGCGCAAUCAAGAGCACGGUAAUCAAAAUUGGUCUUUCCAGAGAAACUUCAAUGGGAGAGAUGGAAACGCACAGUCACAAAGAGGCAAUCCAGCAUUUGUAAGACAUGCACCUCCACCUGUUCAGCCAAUUCCUCCUCAGUUGAUGGCUGCUCAGCCUAUUCAGCCUUUUGGCAGUCCUGUGCCCUUCCCCCCUGAAUUUGCGUCGCCAUAUUAUCCCCGUAUGCCUUUCAUCACACCUCUUGCACCUCCUCCGGUCUUCUACCAUGUCCAAGAUCCUCCCUUGAACAUGAAAUUACAGAAGCAAAUUCAUUAUUAUUUUAGUGAAGAGAAUUUGAUUAGAGACACAUACCUUCGUGGGCACAUGGAUGAUCAGGGUUUUGCUCCGCUACGUGUGAUUGCUGGUUUCAAAAAGGUUGCAGAACUUACAGAUAGUAUCCAGCAGAUAGUGGAGGCUCUACAUGGCUCACCUUAUGUUGAAGUGCAGGGUGACAGAAUAAGAAAGCGCCAUAAUUGGCAACAUUGGUUGCUUCCUAGAGGGAGCGGCCCUGCGGUUUCGAGCCCCCGAUCUGUCGAUGCAGUAGCUAGCCAAGUUGGAAACUUGGUUAUUGGUCAGAGCUCGGCGGAUCGAGUUGGUGGUUCGAGCAGUCAGUUGCAACCUGCUGAACCAGAAAACAAAGCUGUUUCAGAUGCUCAGCAACAGUCUUCUGGUGUUGAUCCGAUGAGCAACCGUAAUGGCUCAGAAUCAGAUGGUGCAAAUCGUUGAACCAUCAUGUUUGGAGGUGGUGGUUAGUGUUGGACAUGAAAUAUAUUAUUUUGUCCUGCCCAAAAUCAGGAAAAACAAUAAGGAAGGGGAAACAAAAAAAAAAAAAAAAAAAAAAAGAGAGAGAAGGAUAAAGGUAAGGCAUAAAACCAAAAAAAGAAGAGACCCAUAUGAAAACAGAAAAAGGAUCAAACAUUUAUGAUUCUUCUAGCUAGCGGAAACUUUAGCAUAUUUAUGGUUUUUAUGUUUUUUGGGUUUUUUUUUUGUGGAUGCUAAUAACUUUUUAUUUAUGUUUAUUCUACUUUGCUACAUACGAUGGUCAUUGAUGGUUGCUUGUAACCAUUGUUGUGGUCCGGGAUUUUUCGGUUUUGCUUGCUAGUAUACUCUUGACCCCUA